CAUGCGAGAAAUGAUGACAUUUAAGAAGCAGGAAGCACGGUGGACACUUGUGCUGAAUUAUUGGUGAAUUAAGUACAUGAAUCUCUUGGGUUUAAAGUUAAAGAGGGACUGAUACUCCGGUGGGAAAUCAUGGCAGCGACAGCAGUGGAGGGCCCUGUAAAGGCGGACCGUGUCCGGAGCCUCCAGAGUGAAGUGGAAGGAGUAAAGACCAUCAUGUCUGAGAACGUUGACCGGAUACUGGCUCGCGGCGAGAAACUGGAUGAUCUCAUGACCAAGACUGAGGACCUGCAGGCCAGCUCAGAACACUUCAAAACCACGUCCCAGAAAGUGGCUCGGAAAUACUGGUGGAAGAAUGUGAAGAUGAUCAUCUUGCUGGUGAUCAUUGCUGUUAUUAUCCUGACUUUGAUCAUUCUCUUUGCCACAGGGGUAAUUCCCUCCUAACAGCAGGAACUAUUAAAUCAGCUCAUUGUUCCUUCGGUGAUAUAUAUGUGAUAAGUUCCAUGCCUUCGGUUUCCAGUCUAUUCCAUACAGUGGGGAUGUAGAUGUACUUUUGGCUCUGAUGUUGAUUUUGGUCUGUAUAUUUUCAGCAUACCUCUAGCUGUACAGAGGCAUGCAAAAUCAUUUGUAAAAAAAAACUUCCUAAUAUAAAAGUUAACAAUAAAGUUUCAGAAAGAGGA